GCGGUGAGUGAACGGGGUAGAAUGAUGUAAAACAGUGUGUAGCCGCUCGUUCCCACUGAUGCCGUUUGCGUGAGAGUGGGAGUGAAACCCGUUUUUCGUGUUUCCUCCUGUCCUGAAGCGCACAUGACUGCCUUGUUUGGCCGCCUCUUGGGAAUGCCGAGGGUUCAAAGGCACGCAGUGAAAGCAAGGCGUUUCAUCAUUUUUUUUUUCUUUUUUUUUUAACCGUUGAAGAAGGCCGGGCCCCGCCCCCCGCCUCCCCCCUCCACGCGGGCACACACAGCUAAUGGUACGUAAUUUGACAUGUAAGGCGGAGGGCGAGCCGCAGGACGGACAGAGGAGCUCGUGCAGUCGCGCAGCCGCUUCGCUGCUCGUCUCCCCUUGGAAACCCGCGUGCGGAGACAGUCCCCUCUCUGUGUCGCUGUGUCCCACGGACGCUCCACCCGCCCACGCCCCCCUCCCGUCAGGAGCCCGUCUGGUCACCCGUGUCGCCGUCCGCCCGGUCCCCAGCCGUUCUGCACAUCGCCGAGCGAGUCAGUCGGUCAGUGUGACUGUGAACCGUCCGCCGCGAACCCGGAGCGGGAUGAGCGGCGUCGCGCUGUCGCACGACCUCGUCCAGGCCAAGCUGGAGAUGGACAGAUACUUGACACCUCAACCUCUGGUCAUGCCAGAAGACAGGAAGUUGUACAGGGGCGACGCCCCCGUGAUGGACCAGUCCUUUGGCGAAGAGCAGGGCUCCCCGUACAGCAUCAACAUGAACGUGUUCCUCCCCGACAUCACUUACCUGCGGACUGGUUUGUGCAGGCCGCCGGGGGCCGCCGUAAAGACCGAGCCCACGCCGCCCUUCAUGCGUCCCAGUUGCUCCCACGGCAACGCGGCCUCGGCCCUCCCAGACUUUACCAGCAUCUUCAGUCCGUCGACCGCAGGGGACUUUGACAGCGUCUUCGUGAAGCAGGAGAUGCCCUCCCUCGACAUGGGCCAGGACGGCCCUUUGUUUCAGCUCUUGAACUCCGACAUGGACAUGGCUGUUCCUGGAAGCCAUGCCGGUGCGGAUGCUCACGGCGGUAACGCCAUGGCUUCUCCGAUUUCCACACUAAGUGACCUGCACUUGCCUGAUGAGCAGGCCGCCGUCAAGUCCUAUUGCAGCAUGUCUAACGGGGGCUACUCGCUGCCGGGUCCCUUCAUCCAACAGCAGCAGAAGCCCCCUUAUUUUCCACCCUCACCUCCCAACUCUGAACCCGGGAGCCCGGACAGGCAUAAAGAACUCAUGCAGAACCUCUCACCUCCUCCCUCGUACGCCGCCAGCAUCGCCUCCAAACUGGCCGUCCGCAACCCAAGCCUUUCGUCGAGUGUGCCGGCACCGCCGGGACCGUCGGCACCACCCGUACCAGUGAAGUACAAUCGCAGGACGAACCCCGACCUGGAGAAAAGGAGAAUACACCACUGUGACUUUCCAGGAUGUAAGAAAGUCUACACCAAGUCUUCUCACUUGAAAGCCCAUCUAAGGACCCACACCGGGGAGAAGCCGUACAGGUGCACGUGGGCAGGUUGCGACUGGCGCUUUGCCCGCUCCGAUGAGCUAACGCGCCACUUCCGGAAGCACACGGGAGCCAAGCCCUUUCAGUGCACCGUCUGCAGCCGCAGCUUCUCGCGUUCCGACCACCUGGCUCUCCACAUGAAGAGGCACCAGAGUUAGAGUCCGCCAACCGCACGCUUCUUCCCCAGAGUGGCCCAUGUUAUCAUCUUCAGGGGACUGGACUACAUACUUUGUUUAUACUGGUUUUUCGUAACAUGGUACUAUGGCUUUUUCUGUUUUGGAAAUGGGAAGUUGAUCUCUUCCAGAGUUGUAGACCAGAGUGUUCUUCAAACAGCUGUGUAAACUAAUUUUCUCUUGUUGUAUUUCAUAUGGUAGUAAUGGGGGUUUGACAUUUUUCUGUGAGAGAUUUUCAUGGCAGACCCAAUUCAGCAUACAAAGUUUUUUUUUUUUUUUUUUUUUUUUGUUCUUUUGUUUUAUACCUCAAAGCUUUUAACUAAGUCCUUUCCCAGGUUGAAUUAAAAGGUUUAGUAAAUAAGUUUUUUAAAUGCAUACAGUGAUUUUAU